AUGUCAGCUCCGAUACAUUCUAAAAAGUCGGAAAAAUCGAGUGAAGUGGUUGGUGAAAAUUGUGCAGAUUGUGGUGCGCGAUCGGUGGUCACGGAAGAUCCGGAUAUGUCCCAUCCUGGGCGAGCCUGCCAGGUGUGUCGAGAAGAAGACACUGAUGAAAUGGUACAGUGUGACAGUUGCUCUAAAUGGCAUCAUUUCCAAUGUGUUGGAGUCACGCAAGAGAUCGAGAAUUUCCCGUGGAGUUGCGCUAAAUGCGAAAAAGCGAACGGCAUUCAGGAAAAUAGCUCGUCGACAUGUGUGCUAUUGCAACGAAGUGAUGGUCAUCCGAAGCAGUCGUCCCAGGCCAAUAUGCCCACCAUACGGGAGCGGCCAUCGAAACAUCAACCAAAAGCUCCAUCGGUAGCAUCCUCAAGAUCGUCACAAGCUCUCGCGAGGCUGGAGCUCGAAAAGCUGGAAGCUUUAAGAGAUGUCGAACGACGUGAAGCGGAGAAGCAACGUGCAAUCGCGGUAGAAGAGGCGGCGAGGGAAAAGGCUUUCGUAGAGGAAAAGUUCAAGCUGCUGGCACUAGCGGUGAGCGAGGGUGGUUCUAUGAAAAGCGCUCCAGUGGACAGAACAGCAAAUUGGGUUGCCACUACGAGUGGAAUGCAGAAAGGUGCAAUAGGUUUGGCACCCAAUAUAAAAGUUCACCAUUCUGGGAACCGGAUGGAUGAGCAGCCGAGGAAAACAGCGCUCGAACGGACCAGAAAACAGGAUUUUCCGGAGCCGAUUCAAACUUCGAAGUCAGCUUGUCCCAACACAGUUUCACGCCACUCGCGUCCGGAUAAUCAACUGUCGCAUAACCCCGCAGAUGCGAAAACUAAUCGGUCUGAUCUGAAUCAACACCAUUCGGUCACUCAUCUCCCACGAAAUUCACAGCAGGACCAAUGCCCUUUACCUACGAUCCAGGCUAGCCGCAUGCAAGAUCAAGAAGAUUCAGACCUUUACCCGAUCACCCGUAAGCAAUUAGCCGCGCGGCAAGCUGUUUCGAAAGAUCUCCCAGUAUUCUCCGGUAGCCCGGAAGAAUGGCCCCUAUUUUUCUCCACUUUCAACAGUACGACAGCCAUGUGUGGGUUCACCGAUGAAGAAAAUGUAGUGCGUCUACAACGCUGUCUUAGCGGCCGAGCAUAUGAGGCAGUGAAAAGCAGGUUGCUCCAUCCAUCUAAUGUCGACGGAAUUAUGUCCACCCUCAGAAUGCUGUUCGGACAACCGGAAGUGAUAGUGAACUCGAUGAUAGCGAAGAUUAAUUCGCUUCCUUCGCUGAAAGAGGAUAAGCUAGAAAGCCUUAUAGACUUCGCCGUCAGCAUCGAAAACUUUUGCGCCAUUGUGGAUGCUUGUGGUGUCAAAGAAUAUUUCUAUAAUGUAACGUUUCUCCAUCAACUUGUUAACAAGCUGCCUCCGUCACUAAAACUAAGCUGGGCACAACAUAAGCGAUCGCUUCCUACGGUUAAUCUACCAUCCUUCAGCAGUUGGUUGUAUUCUUUGGCGGAAGCUGCCAGCUCCGUAACCUUCCCUAGCGUCGCAUUCGAAUCCAAACCCGUACGUAGUGACUCUUAUACAACCAAACGCGGGACGUCGUUUGUUAACGCUCAUUCUGAGGAGUCAGCUUCAGAGUAUCCAUCCACUUCACAGUCUGACAUGACAGUUGCCGAAGGAACUUGCUUAGUAUGCAAAGGAAAUUGCAAGUCGCUGACUAAAUGCAAGCGUUUCUUAGAGUUUGCUCGUGACUCGCGCUGGGCAACAGUUCGAGAUUUAGGCCUGUGUCGCAGAUGUCUACGCCGACAUAGUGGAGGAUGUCAAGCCAAGGCUUGCGGGAAGAACGGGUGCGAAUUAAAGCACCAUGAGUUGCUGCACAAUGAUCAGAAAAACACUCCUUCGAACACAUACAGAAAUUAUACAGAUAAUACGCUGCCGACUAACCGUGUUGAACGCAAUCUGCCUGGACCAAACUCGUCUGAGCACGGUUGCAACAUCCAUCAAGUUUCCUCCAGUGAAGUUUUAUUCCGCUACUUACCGAUAGUGCUGUAUGGCAAGCACACUUCCAUCCCGACUUUUGCUUUCCUUGAUAACGGAUCGGAGCUCACACUUCUUGAUAAAGCGUUGGCGAGUGAGCUGCAGCUUGAAGGAGAAAAGCUGGCCGCGAAACAUAACCCUUUCAAAAAAUACACCCUCAACGGGGUACGCACAGUGGAUGAAUUGCUAUUGCCACCCCAAACGUUAAACGUCGAGGAGCUCAAGGUCCUGUAUCCACAUCUCAAAAAUCUGCCCAUUGAGUCCUACCACGAUAUCCGCCCUAGGAUCCUUAUCGGAAUGAAGGAUCAGCACCUUAGUUUGGUUCGGAAGAGUCGUGAGGGAGCCUGGCAUCAGCCAAUAGCUGUCAAAACCCGUCUUGGAUGGACAGUGUGCGGGGGAGGGAAACCUGACGAUGAUACUAACCUUGUACACUCUGUUUUCCAUGUAUGCGCUCGUGAACCGUCAACGGAUGAAGAUUUACAUUCGAUCGUGAAACAAUACUUCGCCAUAGAAAGCUUGGGCAUUGCACAACCGAGGAAGAACCUGCUCUCUUCCGAAGAAGAACGAGCCCAGUCUCUUCUCGCAACCCGCACGGUAUUCAAAAGAAACCGAUACGAAACCGGACUAUUGUGGCGCUAUGAUAACGUCCGCCUACCAGAUAGUCGUCCAAUGGCUGUCCGGCGACUGGAAUAUCUUAGAAAGCGAAUGGACAAAGAUCCGGAGCUAGCUAAAGCCGUCAACCAAAAGAUGAUUGAUUUGAUCGCGAAGGGCUAUGUCAGAAAACUUACCGACGAAGAACUCAAGCAAUCGUUUUCCAGGGUAUGGUACCUGCCGAUGUUCCCAGUAACAAAUGUCAACAAGCCUGGGAAGAUUCGGAUGGUAUGGGACGCUGCUGCCGCCUCCCACGGAAUAACACUAAAUUCAGUCCUCUUGAAAGGCCCAGACCAGCUUUGCGACCUGUUUACAAUAUUAAUUCAGUUCCGUGUAGGUCGGAUUGGCUUGACUGGUGACGUGCGGGAGAUGUUUCUGCAGGUGCUGAUGCGAGCCGAGGACCAGCAAUGUCAACGUUUCCUUUGGUAUGACGAAGAUGGAACCAUAGCUGCCUACGUUCUGCAGGUCAUGUCUUUUGGAGCAUGCUGUUCGCCUAGUAGCGCCCAGUUCGUGAAGAACUUGAACGCCGAACGAUUCAGGAAAGAAUAUCCUGACGCUGUGGAGGUAAUACAGAAGCGUCAUUACGUCGAUGAUAUGCUGGUGAGUGUGUCGACGGAACAGGAGGCGAUCCAACUUGCGCAACAGGUAAAGCGAAUACAUGCUGCGGGUGGAUUCGAGAUUCGAAACUGGGUCAGCAAUUCAACACAUGUAGUAAGAGCGCUACAAGCGGAGCAUACGGCAGAGAAGAGUCUCGAUCUGUCGCCUGAAUUAGCCACCGAAAAAGUGUUGGGAAUGUGGUGGUGUACAAAAGAAGAUACGUUCACCUACAAAGUUGGAUGGUAUCGCUACGGUCGAGCAUUAUUGGAAGGGCAACACAAUCCAACCAAGAGGGAAAUGCUACGGAUUUUAAUGUCCGUGUUCGAUCCACUUGGAUUAAUCGCUCAUUUCCUUAUGUACCUUAAGGUACUGCUUCAAGACGUUUGGCGCGCCGGAAUUGAUUGGGACGAACGAAUAGACGGCGUUCUGUUUGAAAAGUGGCAAACAUGGCUUAAAGUUCUACCACAAAUUGAACGAAUCAGUAUACCACGGUGCUAUGGCGGACAAACUACAGCUGAGACUAACAUUGCGCAGCUGCAUACAUUUGUAGAUGCAGGCGAAAAUGGAAUUGCUGCUGCAUGCUAUCUACGCUUCACUCAGGGAGAAAUCGCACGAUGUAGUUUAGUAGCCGCAAAGACGAAAGUUGCCCCAUUGAAAUUUGUUUCAACUCCAAGAUUGGAACUCCAGGCAGCGCUAGUGGGAGCUAGGCUGUCUCGAUCAGUAUCUGAAGCCCUCACGUUCCGUAUUUUUCGUCAUGUGUACUGGUCUGAUUCACAAGAUGUGCUGUAUUGGAUCAAUUCCGAUCACCGGCGAUACUCACCGUACGUUGCCUGUCGGGUUAGUGAGAUCCUUGAUACGACGGAGAUGGAUGAAUGGAGAUAUGUUCCUAGCGAUCUAAACGUAGCGGAUGACGGCACGAAGUGGAAGCGACUUCCGGAUUUGAGCCCUCAAGCACGAUGGUUCAAUGGACCCGACUUCCUUAGACGCUCGGAAGAUCAUUGGCCACGCUCGACGAUAAAACGAAAUGCUACCGAUCUGGAACUUCGACCGAGUGUGUUAACUCAUUUUGCUACACCAGCUCGAGUAAUCUGCGUAGGUAACUUUUCAAAUUGGACCCGAUUACUAAGAGUUGUCGCCAUGGUCUAUCGUUUCUUCACUAACUGCAAGUCAAAACUCCAGAAAAAACCCCUCGCCCUCGGACAUCUUUCCAGUACCGAAUUGUCGCACGCCGAGUCCUACAUUAUCCGCCAAGCGCAGCACGAAGGGUAUUCACAUGAAGUAGCGCUUUUACAAAGGACACAGCUGAGUACAGACCGACCGGUAACGCCGCUUCCCAAAACGAGCCCACUCUACCAAAAAUCGCCAUGGUUGGACAACCGCGGAAUAAUGAGGAUGCGAGGACGUAUAUCCGCAUGCCACUUUGCAACCGAAGAUGCCAAACAGCCUAUAAUACUUCCUCGUGACCACCACGCUACCUCGUUAAUCAUAGCACACUACCACGAUAAAUACCACCACCAGAACCAUGAGACCGUGAUCAAUGAGAUCCGGCAGAAAUAUAGUAUACCGAAACUUCGCAUAGCCUUCGCAAAGGUACGGAGCAACUGCCAACGUUGCAAGAACAACCGCGCAAUGCCAACUGUACCUAUUAUGGCUGAACUACCGGCAGCACGCCUAGAUGCCUUCUCUUGCCCAUUCUCUCAUGUUGGAGUCGAUUUUUUUGGGCCAUACGAAGUUGUCCUCGGUCGCCGAACUGAAAAACGAUGGGGCAUGCUUGCUACCUGCCUCACCAUCCGGGCGAUACACAUUGAGAUCGUCCACUCUCUUAACACCGAUUCCUGCGUUAUGGCCCUUCGAAACUUCAUUUGCCGAAGAGGCAAGCCACUGGUGUUCUAUAGCGAUCGAGGCACGAAUUUUAUCGGGGCGAAUAAAGAGCUCCAAACAGCGGAACAGUCGUUUCGCCAAGAAGAGCUAAUGAAGGAAUUUGAAGACUCAGAAACCAGCUGGCAGUUCCUGCCACCGGCUUCCCCCCACAUGGGUGGUAGCUGGGAACGAUUGAUCGGAAGUGUUAAGAAAAAUUUGAUGGCAAUCUUACUAACGCGGAAGCCGACCGACGAAGUCCUGCGGAAUCUGUUUGCCGAGGUUGAAAACACUAUCAACGCCCGACCUUUGACUCAUGUCCCUACUGAUGAUGACUCCGCACCCGCUCUGACACCCAACGAUUUCCUACUGGGGUCAUCUAACGGAGUAAAACCAUUGUGCACGAUCGACGGCAGUGGCGUAGCCUUGCGUCAGGGCUGGCGACUGUCGCAAGCUCAAGCCAACUGCUUCUGGAAACGUUGGGUGAGCGACUACCUACCGGAAAUAACACGCCGAACCAAGUGGUUCGUCGACACGAAGCCCAUCGAGAGUGGAGAUAUAGUGGUUAUCGUCGACCCGAAACUACCCCGAAACUGUUGGCCUAAAGGAAGAAUCCUCUGCACUCAUCCUGGAAGAGACGGUCAACCCAGAUCAGCGACGGUGAGAACAGCUUCCGGCAUCUACGAGCGUCCGGUAGCAAAAUUGGCCGUGCUAGACGUGAGGCGCGAAGCGAAGUAA